CAAUCCCUCACGGAGACAACUUCGAAAAGAUAUUUCUGACGCGGAAAAAAAGCAAGAAGGAAAAUCGUCGAGUGCCACUGCCACACGACAGCCCAAUUCUAUGCCAAGUGGUAUCUCAAUAGCAUCCACGUAUGGUGUGCCAUAGAGAUGAUGAAAACGUGUCAAUCAACAAUAAAAUAGCAAUUUGGGAGAAGCUCCAAACAGCUGUAUAGUUAGCACUGUUACUAAUCAUGUUUAUUAUAAUUUGUGAUCUAUCCAUUGCCUCUUUGACUCAUUUGGCAUUAACAACAUGAAGAAUUAUCUUCAACUUAGGAGCUACUACUAUUUGUUCUUUCUCUUACUGUUGUUCACAAUAUCCUUGCACUAUAGUAUUGGCAGUGCUGGAGAUAGACAAGAAGAAGAAGAGCAGCAGAUUCAAGAACAACAACUUCAUAUUAAGAGUAAGACUCCUAUUAUAGAGACUGUCAAGAAAAUGUUUUCUUUUCCCACUUCUUUUCCUCAAACUUCAGCCAAUUACUGGAGCAGAUUCGAAUCACUAAUCAAACAAGGCAAGGCCUACUUCUCUCCUCCAACUCUAGAUUUCAGAGAUAGCCAGGAAGCACAGGCUAGGGCUGAAGGGGGAGCAGCACCAGGUGAAAAGGUGAAAGAAGCAGUACUGAAAAGCCUUGACAAGAGUAAAGCCGCCUUAGAAGAAUCGGCCAAAUCAGCAGCAAAAUUAGCUGGGGAAGCAGUGCACAAGACUACAAAUAAGAUGAAAAGAACAUUUUCUUUUGGAGAUAGAGACCCUGGACACCAAGAGGAUGAGCUCUAAUGGAAAAAGAACUUUGUAAAAUAAAUGUGAAUGAUUAGCACCUUGGAAGUUUAGCUUAGUUUCAUAAUGUAUGUACCGGUAUUUCCACUUGAUUAGUGUUGUUUUUUUCCAUUGGAUUGUUCAUUGUUGUCUCGUGUAUUUAUAUAUAUAAAUAUGUACAAGUCCCAACGCCAUCACAACUAGGCCUAAUUUGGCUUAACUUGGAACUAGAAUUGAAUUCGA